AAUGACAACUACCCAUUUCGUUUUGUUCUGUAUCUUUGAAGAUAUGCAGUGAUUGGAGAUCUUGACCAUGGGAUGGAUCUCUUUGCAUUGCAGUAUUGGCCUUGUUGGGUUCUUGACUGUCUCGUGUUGUCUCUAUUUUUACCCUCUUUUUUGUGAUUUUUAUUGGUUUUCUUAUGUGGGUAUGCAAUGUAGUGGGUGGUAGAGAAAUGAAAGAACAAAUCAUGGUUUAAACAAAGUAGAUUGUUUUCGUUUUUUGUUUUUUUCUUUUCUUUGAGGGAGACGGGAUGUUUUGUUUUGCCCCAGAACUUCGUGUUGUAUGUUUUCUUUAAGUUUCUCAGUUUUUUAUUUUUAAGUGGCGCCGCAAGAGUUUAAUCUGAGUUUGGGAAGAGAUACAGUCAUCAAUCUUCCACGUUAGGUCACUUAUUUUCUAGUCGAUUCAGAUUUUCAUUGGGUACUAAGAACAGAAUGAGUCCUGACGGGUAUAAUUUCCCCAAGUAAGUUGCGGCUAAAGCUUAUGGGACCUCACCAUCAGAGAAAAAAGGAUGGAACAAAUAGCAAUUCCUCCAGAACAUCUCCCUCCAGGCUUGAAGAUGCAGAGUUCGUAAAGAGUAGCCUAUUAGCCCCAAAAGAUGGAGAUUUUGAAGAGGAAGAUGGCUUGAAAGAUUUGCCAAGUGCUUCCCUUCACACUGUAACUGCCAAUGUAGAAGCAUCCUCAGUAAGAUUAUGUGCUGAGGGGUCAUUAAAUUCCAGCCAAGGUAAUCAGACAGUUCUCCAGCCAAAGGAUAUAGCACUGAGUAAAGAAACUGGGGACAUGGGUCGUGUCAAACAGCAAUCAUCAAGAUCUGUUACCAGUAGCUUGAGCACAGUUCACCCUGUUAAAUCUAUGGAAGAAGAGAAUCCUGAUUAUGACAGUAAUGCUAGUUCAUCCAGCUUUGAAUUUCAUAAGGGAGAGAGGUCAUUGCACAAUCCCAUAAUGAGACCUUUCUCUCGUUCUGUGCCAUCUAAGUGGAAUGAUGCAGAGAAAUGGUUAGUGAACAGGCAGCCCCUACAUCCAAAUCAUUCCAAGAAGGCUAAUUUGCAGAAUCAGAUGUACCGGCAGCCAGUGAACAAUUUGGUGAGGGUUGCACCAGAAUCUUCUGGUUCUGAUCAGAAGGCAUCACUUAUUCCACUAGCAGAAACAAAACGGAUUGAUUCCUGUCAUUCGACCACACAAAUAAUGAUGGAGAAGUUCUCUUUUGUUAGCUCUGGAGCUCCUUCCAUUUCAGGUCCAGAAAAUGGGACGGAUGUGUCGGUUGAUCUGUGCCCCCUUAAUAAAGCCAAGAAGGACGUGGAUCAUAAUGAAUUAUCUGGUUCAGAGAGUUCCACAGCAGAUGUGACAGUUUUUCCCAGUAUAAGAGCAGUAUCCAUGAGAGAUAUGGGAACAGAAAUGACCCCUAUCCCAAGUCAAGAGCCUUCAAGGACUGCAACUCCUGUUGGAUCAACAACUCCACUCCGAAGCCCUACAUCUUCAAUUCCAUCUACCCCUAGAAGAGGAGCACCGGCAUCUACACCUCUGGAGGCCACCACGGAUGAUGAAUCAGAAUGUCAAAAAGGAGGUGAUAAAAAGGAUCUUUCUGAGCAAGAAUUGAAACUCAAGACUCGGAGAGAGAUUGUAGCUCUUGGUGUUCAACUUGGUAAGAUGAACAUUGCUGCUUGGGCAAGUAAAGAUGAGGUGGAAAACAAGACUACUACUGAAUCCGUUGAUCCAGAGCAACUGAUUAAGACUGAAUAUGAAAAUCGCGCAGCUGCAUGGGAGGAAGCUGAAAAAUCUAAACACACAGCCAGGUACAGGCGUGAAGAGAUCAAAAUUCAGGCAUGGGAAAGCCAGCAAAAAGCAAAAAUAGAAGCAGAAAUGAGGAGAGUGGAGGCCCAAGUAGAACAAAUGAGAGCUCAUGCUCAAGAGAAGAUUAUGAAGAAGAUUGCAAUGACAAGGCAGCAAUCAGAACAAAAGAGAGCAGCUGCUGAAGCCAGAAGGAAUCAGCAAGCACAAAGAACUAAUGCCCAAACAGAGUACAUACGUCAAACUGGACGGAUUCCAUCAUCCCAUUUCAAAUGUUGUAGUUGGUUAUAACAAGAUUUGAAACAGUGCAUCUGGAAGGAAGUCGCUUCUCUCAUUCUAGCAGCACGACACCACAGUUUUCUUGUUUGGAUUUUAUUUACGUGAUUAGUAGCAUUAUCUUGUAUAUUACUCACUGGAUCUUUGAGAGUCGUCUUGAUGUGUAAGUUCUGUACAUGAAAAGUGAAUAUAGCAAUGGAGCCAUUCUCACAAGUUUCUGCAAAAUAGAUUAUUAUCACUUUGAUAGUAAAAAUAUCCGAAACAUUUUUGGUAUGGAAGAACAUAUCCAAAUUUA